CAGAACUCGGUGCCGCGCCGCGGCUUGCAUCCUCGGUCGAGAAGCAGUAGUAGAGGAACUGCUACUAUAAGUAAAAACAUAUUCAAUAUGAGGGACAAUUCGCGCGCCUGCUGUGCGUCGGAAAAAGCAGAUCAAGAUUGGCCAACCAGUAUAAUCCAGUAAAUUCAAUCUAAGAGCAAUGUAGAAGUGAAGCUAAUGAAAAAUACUGCAGCACUAAGUAGGUGUUUGUCAAAAUAAAACAACAGACUAAUCGGAAGGCCUCCUGUGGACCACGACGCGUCUUCAUAUACUUACACAUUCUAAAGAAUCACCCUCUGUACGUACCCCGUGGGCGUGGUCUGCUCACUGCAGUUCACAUCGUCUUUUUCGGUUGUCUUUUGCAGGAAUCGAAGCGCUCAACAGCACGACUAUGCAUUGUAAAAGUAUCGCACUUGUAUUGCAGAUAUGCAUUACAAAUUUUUUUUAAAGGUAAAUCCGCAUUACAAAUUUUCUUUCUCAUGCUGAGAAUCCGCCUUACCUAGUGCAAGAACUUGGGCUCCCCCUUAAAAAGUACUUCGCCACGGCUACCGGUCGCGCAGCAUCCUCGUAGGUACAACAAGAACUACAGCUACACCCUCCCCGCUCCACGCUGACCAUGCUGUGGAGCAAGACUAUCACCGCAGCGCUGAUGGCAGCCGCAGCGAAUUUCUCCACCACCGCCAGUGGUGUGAUCGUGGUGCCGCCGGUUCCUCAUACGACGGAGCAUUCGCAAGAAGGUACAGCUAAAAAGUAUACCACUCCAGAUCGAAUAGAUAAAGAUAGCGACCGCUCCUUUCUCUAAGGUGGCUGCUGCAAAAGAGCUACGUCUACUGAUGUGAGUGCUUUUUUGAAAUGCAGCGCUGCUUUCGUUACUACGACCACCUGCAAGGAGAAAUGCAUCGAUCUACUUGCAGCCUGGAAAGCGCGCGGCCUUAUGAGUGUCGCAGUCGGCGACAUCCACAACUCCGGAGCUCCGAUUAUUUAGCCAGAGGGAUACAAGGCGCAGGCGUCUUUCUUAGGAGGAUGGCGGUAGAGUGUUGUUUGUCAUGCAGCACCCCCCCAGAGUGCGGCCUGAUAGAAUUUCCUUGCGUUUGCCUUAGGUGGCUGCUGCACAAGCGGAGUUUAUUACUUCUGCCGCCCGCGGCCCACGGCGCGCACGCGGCCCGCCGUUUUCUGUAGUGUUAUAACUUAAUCAUAACACAGGAAGCUCAAACUUCUUGUCCUUUCGCUUUCCAAUAUACUUAUAAAUAUUAUUGGAGAGGACAAGAUGAAACAUCGCGCGCGCGCCAUUUAUUUUCCCCGUUGUCGGUCCCUUGUGCGGGACGGCGAUACUUUUUUCCGCGGGGCGCUUUCCGUGCCGGUGUUAGAAAGUUCCGUCACUCCAGAUCGCAUAGAGCGUCUUCUGUUUUUGGUGUGCCAAUUUUCUUUGCAUGACACUGCGCGCACGACUAUGCUUAGCGGUGAAUCCGCUUGGAAAGUUGCGGCCUUUGAUUGUUCUUGUUGGGGAUAGUGCCACGACUAGCAGCAUCAAUGCGACCAGUCUCAAGCUCAGCUCUGUGCUUCUCUUGCGCUAUCCGUAUCCGACUGCUCAUGAUCUUGAUAUUGAUAAUUCUACAGGCACUUCUACCGCCCAGCGGAAGGUGGCGCUGGAAGCUGCUUCGCCUGCAACGUCCUUUAUGGGCGAAGCCGAGUCCGUCUCCGACGACUCCCAUCCGUGCGUCAACGACUUUGAGCCGCGCAAUCUUGACCACAAGUGCUGGGCUAUCAAAUGCAAACAUGUUCAUGUCUGUGUCUGGAUCUGGAAGAGUUCCAACCUGUGAUGCAAAAUCUGGAUCACGCAAAUUCAAAUACUUGUCUUACAUGAGCGCCAAGAAAAGCUGCGCAUCUAAAUCUAUCUUUUACGUACGCAAGUAGAGAACUUCUCAUGCGGAACAGGUAUCAGAAGGCCUGCGCAAAACCUGAAAUACUGUAGUUGCAUGCAGUAGAGACCAUCACUCAGUGUCGUGAUCUAGAAAAUGCAUGAUGACAAACGUUUGCAUUCUUCCCGACCCUGAUAUACGUGCAAUGCAUAAGAAGGGAAAUCCUGGGGCGUAAUGUGACUGUAAAGUUUACCUGCCAGACGGCCUCUGUAAGAAAGUGCACGACCCCCCUCCCCCUCAUUUGUAUGGCAUCCACAGCAUUCCAAACACCGGCACACGUGGACCACCCUUGGCAUGGCAAGUUCAUGCGCCGAGUGAUGUAGUACUGUUUGGAUUUUCGAAAUUUGUCAUGCACGGACGCGGUGCCACAAAGUAGCUGCAACUGGAACUGUCUGGAUUUGGGUUUUUGCAUGACAAAUGAGGGAGUGCAUUGUGCACCCCUCAUUCUGGUGUUCCGGUCAGUGCAUUGCGCGCCCCUCGGACCCCGCACCCCCCCGGGCUUCAGUCGCGCAGUCUGUUACGCAUGACAAACAAGGUCCACGCGUGGGGACAGGGUCCCCACGCUGGGGCCUUGUGCUCGUCCCUAGUGGCGCUAGUGGGGGAAGGGUGUUCGGCAUCGGGGCGGACAGCGUCCGCCCCUCGCCUCACACCAGGCGCGCGCGUAGUGGCUUAGUGCGCGAAACGCUAGUGGGGGAAGGGUGUUCGGCAUCGGGGCGGACAGCGUCCGCCCCUCGCCUCACACCAGGCGCGCGCGUAUUGGCUCAGUGCACGAAGCGCUAGUCGUGGAAAAAGGGCGAAUUAGGCGCCCUGCAUUUUGCAAGAAAAAACAAAAAUAGAAGCAGAGUAGAUAUCUCUGUGUGGCUGCUGCAAAAAAGUUCUCUAACAUUGAAGCGCAACGCCUUCCGAUUCCACAGAGCAAAGUAAGCAGCUGUCUCCUGGCCGUGCAUUGCAGAGAUAGCCGCUUUUUUAUUUUUGCAUGGCAACGCAAAGACUUCUUUGUUUAUGGAGGCAGGUUGUGUUGCAGCUUUAAUCUUUUUCAUUUUGUGCGUCGCAUUUUUUUUUGGCGCUUUUAAUUUAUUUUUCAUUUUCCCGUCGGCAUUUGGCGUGGAAAAUAAAUAAAUAUUUGCGUCCAGGCGCUGGUCUCGCCUUUGCUUUAUCCUCUCGCCCCGCCUGUCGCGGCCACCUGUCCGGGUCACCUGUCAAGGUCACCUGUCAAGGUCACCUGUCAAGGUCACCUGUCAGGGUCGCCUGUCAAGGUCACCUGUCAAGGUCACCUGUCAAGGUCACCUGUCAAGGUCACCUGUCAAGGUCACCUGUCAGGGUCGCCUGUCAAGGUCACCUGUCAAGGUCACCUGUCGAGGUCACCUGUCGAGGUCACCUGUCGAGGUCACCUGUCAUGGUCACCUGUCACGGUCACCUGUCAAGGUCACCUGUCGCCGGGGGGUAGGCGGGACCAGAGCCCGGAAGUCAAGCAAUGUAAAUAUUAAUGAGGGAGAGGGGGUUCGUGCGCUGUCAUAGGCUGGCUCGACUUGCGUCGGGGACUUUAGCUUUACGCAUUGCGUAAAGCCCGACGGAGAAAAGUUGACGUACGACUGCGACGGGAAGUGCUACAAAGGGGAAAAGAACCCGCUAGACCCUAAAGCAAUUGAGUGCGGGAUGACAACGACGACGACGACGACGACAACCAAUCGGAAUCGCUCCGUGGGGGGAUUGAUUGUCUCCGUCGCUGCUGGAACGGCGCUGGCGGCUUUGAAGAUUUGGCACGAUCGCGAAAUCGCAGCUGCCACCGCCGGCGCCGAGAAGCGGAAGCGGGACGCGGCCCCAAGAACGAUCAAGAGCUUUCUGCAAGAACAGGCUCAGGCAGAACAAAAAGGCAUCAACUUUCUGCACGAUGAACUAUGAAAGCCUCAGAAUGGAAACCCUCAAAGUGGAAAUGAUUUGUGAUGCAUGAAAUGCGACGCAAAAAAGACUGUAUUGUAGGGGGCGCAAUGGAGGCCGACUAUUGUCCUGCUAGGGAUGAAGAAUUGGAGUGCUGCUUAGCACGACAGAAAGGCACCCAUUUGCCCUAACCUGCAUGACAGACAUGCUUCAAGUGCCCGGGAAAUUUGUCAUGCGCCGACUACAAAUGGCGCUUCAGCUGGCGUCGUUUUUUUGCAUUACAAAUUAUUUCCACUUUGAGGAUUUCCAACCUGAGGCUUUCAUAUGAACACGCUGCGGCGUCCACGCCGACGCCGCUCGGCGCCGAGGAGGUCUCGUCCGCUGGUAACGCGCCGGCAACCGCCUUGUAGUAGGAACUGCAAAAGUAAUAUCUCACUCGUAUAAAUGCAUAUACAAAUUAUUUCCUCAGUGUGAGAAAUAAAUAUAAAAUUUGUAGCGCGGAUUCAAGUACCUUAGCAAAAGGAUUUUUUGCAGCGCAUGACUGCAAUACGAGUGCGAUACUUUUGCACAGGAUAUGUAGGUGGCAGCAACUACUUCUACAAGGCGCUGACAUAAUAUACUCUUGCUGAAAGGCAAAAAGCGGUUUGGAAGUUAAAGCCGGAAAGGCCGCGACGCAUGGCCAGGAAAAAAAAAAACGAGCCAAGUUAUCUUACACCCGUACAAGUAGAAUGAGACCUCACGCAUGAACAAGAAGCCGCAUGGCGCUACUUCCCCAGAGCAGCUGCAGCCACGACCGGUGAUGAUGAGGCCGGAUCGUCGCACGAGCAGGAGGACAGCGAGAGCAAGACAUCUCGUCCUACUUUGUGCAUUGACUGAGCAGCAGGCCUUCGUAGGACUCCUGCCUCAGUUUGUUUUAUCUAUUGUUGACUCCUAGAACUUCUGCGGGAGAAGAUGCAUAAUAGUGCUGCUUGCGGGCUCGUCCGCCAGAUGACAAAAACGCAUCAGCUCUAGUUCUGUCAUCCCGAAGUAGAUGAAGAAGGACAAAAACAAAUAAGAAUAAAGAGUACAACCACAGUUCACAAUUUUGUAUACUGGCCACCUGUGUGCCGUCGCUUUCAUCUUGCGGCGCCGCACAAGGGGGCGGCCAACUUCAGAUUUACGAAUUCACAGAGCAGAUCGGGAGUUGCAGUCUCUUCACCCGAAAACAAUAAUAAAAAUGAUUCCGAUGAAAAUAAGUAGAAGCAUCUACUUACUUGUAUGUUCGGGCUGUGUCCUUAAUUUGAAGAGUUGAAAUCUCCAAUAUCCGGCAAGGACCACAAGGAGAAGCUCGUCAAAUAAUCUACGAACUUCUAGUACCAAAGGACCUCCCGGCAUUGUUCACAUCAAUCUCCGGAAGCCUAUGAUCGCAUUUUUAAAUUUGAUAUUGAUGUCGGUAGUCAGUGAUGAACGAGUUUUUUUUCCUGGUGACAUUUAUGAAACCGCGGCAAACAGACCCAAGACGAGCAUGAAGAAAGCUGUCACUAUCUCGGUGGACGAUGAAGUUGAAGAGAGGUCGUUUUGCACCAGUGAUGAUAAGAAACAAAGCAGCUCAAGAACAAGCUCAUCUUGAUUUAGUCGGUUUGAUCGAAGAUGAAUAUCAACCAAGAAGAAAGCACUGGCAUCGUGGCAUAAAAGACGCGAAGCAAAUUAUAAGUACUGACACCAAAAGCAGAAGCAGAAAUCGGUGCCGCGCCGCGGCUUGCGCCCUCGGUCGAGCAGCAGUAGAGGAACUGCCACUAUAAAAACAUACUAUGAAGAGCAAUCAAGUCCUCGUGCUGCGUGUGGGAAGAAGCAGAUCAAGACUCUUGGCUAACCAAAAAUGCAAUAUAAUAGUUCAGUGUAGUAAAGCUAAAAAGUACUGCAGCGCCACUAAGUAGGUGUUUAAUAUUGUCAAGAUAAAACAACAGUAGACUAAUCGGAAGGCCUCCUGUGGACCACGACGCGUCUUC